AUGAGCUCCAAAAGGUUGCGCGAUGCCUCCGGUGGCAGGCAUAACAGUGAGUCUGACAAGCGCAUCAAGACAAUCCAUUCGACUGCAAAUUUGCCAGUCGAUUCAAGUACAAGCAAAUAUGACUCCGCCCAGCAAUCUCAAUCAAUAUCCCAUCUCUCAACCCUAAAACAACUCAUUCGGGAGGUCAAGAAGGAUACCGAUUUGCUUAGAGCCGAACCCAACAUCGCAACCACAAUUUCCACACUUGACACUUUAUUGUACCAAAGGGACGCAAAGGAGGAAAACUUGCAAGUCAACAAGGGGCAAAAUGCCAGCCAGUCUACCUCUGAUUCGAGGGGAAAUGAAAACGGCUCAUGGCAUCCCGAUUUGCCGCCCAUUCUAGAUGAUCGCCUGGAAAAGGCCGUCUUCACCCACCCCGCUUGCGCCAACGAUUCCAAUGCAAAUUACGACCGCCUGGAGCUACUGGGCGAUGCUUACAUCGAGUUGAUUGCGACUAAGCUGAUCUGGAAAACAUUUCCAGAUCUUGCGUCCGGCAGAAUAUCCCAAAUUCGAGAAUUGCUGGUCAAAAACGAAACCCUCUCGGCUUUCGCUGAUUCAUAUGGCUUCUCUCGUAGGGCUAUUGUGCCACAGGAUUACGACACCCAGUUAAAACGAUGGGUCAAGAUAAGGGGUGAUAUUUUCGAGGCUUAUGUGGCUGCAAUCAUACUUUCUGAUCCUGUCGGCGGGUAUGAGAUUGCAGAUCAAUGGUUGACGAGCUUAUGGUUACCAAAGCUCGUCAAUUUGGGGCCACAAAACUCAAAGUUGAACUCAAAGGAUGAACUAUCUACAAAAGUCAUGGGCCAUGGCACCAAGCUCAAGUACAUUGAAGAAAAACCUUCGGUACACCCAAAGGGCACCGGCAGUCAAACAUACUUCAUUGGGGUGUAUUUUACUGGCUGGGGGUGGGAAAAUCAGCACCUUGGCUCUGGUCAGGGUCUAAAGAAGAAUGCGGCUGGUGAUGAGGCUGCCAGGAAUGCUCUUGCAAACCCUCUGGUUACAGAAAUUAAUUUAAAGAAAAAGGCAUUACUAGGUAAUAAAUGA